GCAGUUCGAGUAUGACAUGAUUAUGACAACAGCAAUUAUACAUGACGUGACAUUUACCAUUUUUAUAUUUUACAUAUUGUAUAAAUUUUCUUGUUUUUAAUAAGGUUGUGUAAUUUGACCAAUUAAAACUCAUGAUGACGGAGAAAACCGCAAAAGAAAAAACUUUAAUUGCCCAAUAUGCAGAACUAAAUCGAUUAGGCCAAAAUGGGGAAUAUGAAUGGGGAUUAAAAGCAGCGAAUAAAAUUAUUGGUGUGGCACCACAUGAAUUCCUAGCAUUUCAGUGCAAAAUGGUUUGCCUAAUCCAAUUAUCUCGCUUUGAUGAAGCUAUUUCACUUAUGAACAAAAAUCCUCAGUGGACACAGAGCUUGAUAUUUGAGAAAGCUUACUGUUACUAUCGCGCUAAUAAGCCUGAUGUGGCUCUAAAGACCAUUGAUUCCAGUGAAAAAGAGCUUGACUUUCGUUGUAAGGAAUUGAAAGCCCAAAUUUUAUACCGGCUAGAACAAUAUCACGAUUCUGCUAAUUUAUAUCGUAAUAUUAUCAAGAAUAUGCAUGGUGAUGACUAUGAAGAUGAAAGAUAUACAAAUCUAAGCGCUGUAAUGGUUCAUUUGAAAUCUGAUGAUGCAUUGGAUACAAUUGAGGAAUUUAAGGAGACAACUUAUGAACAAUGUUAUAAUAAAGCUUGUUUACUAAUUGAGAAUGAGAACUAUGCAGAAGCUGAAAAAAAGCUUAGACAGUGUGAAAAGUUAUGCAGAGAAAUGCUGGAAGAAGAUGAAACUAGUGAAGAAGAAAUUGAUAUUGAACUAGCAUUAAUUAAAAUUCAGUUGGGUUAUGUUUAUCAAAAGCAAGGAAGAGUCAAAGAAAGUCAACAACUUUAUACAACCAAUUUAAAAUUGAAACUUGAUGAUAUUGCUCUGAUGGCAGUAGCUAGCAAUAAUAUUGUUUGUAUUAACAAAGACCAAAAUCUAUUCGAUUCAAAAAAGAAAAUGAAAGUAGCAUUAAAUGAUAACUUAAAUUUCAAGUUACCAUCAAAACAAAGGAAACUGAUAGCCCUAAAUAAUGCAAUCCUAAAUUAUUAUAUCAAUCAGACUGAUCAGUGUGAGAAAGCAUGUAAACUUAUAGAUGAGAAAUGGCCUGAAUUGCACUUGCAAACUACUAUUUUACGUGCACUUAAUUUAAUCAAAGCUGAUAAACCUAAAGAAGCUAUCGAGCUGUUGAAAAAAUCCAAAACAAAAGAUGAUAAUCUUUACAUAAAUUUAUGUAUAGCACAGAUAUAUUUGAUGCAAGGAGAGAAACUGGAGGCCUGCCAAGUGUUGGAAAACAUUGGAGAAUCUAGAUACAAGCCUGGUAUAGUAGGAGCUCUAACUACCCUGUAUUUAGGCAUUGGGAAAGAAGAGACUGCUUUGAAAAUAUUUGAAAAAACUGUUGAAUUUUACAAAAAGAAUAAGGUGCGAGGGGUCGAUUUAUCCAAUUUAUGGAGACAAGCAGCUGAGUUUCACAUUAAAAAAGGUUUACCGCAAGUAGCUGCUAAUAGCCUAGAAGAAUUAUUAAAAACUAAUAAAAACGACACUAAAUUGAUAGCUCAAUUAGUUUUAGCAUAUGCACAGUUUGAUGAGCCGAAAGCUUUGAGAUGUAGUAAUCAAUUAAUGUCAGUCGAUGAAAUUGCAAAAGAUGUAGAUCUUGAUACAUUGGAAACUACUGCUCUUCCUACUAUCAACUUUAAUAAAAAGACUCCAGCUGUAAAUCAAGAAUCACUUCCUAGCACUCCAAAGGACGAAUCACUGAAGAAAACUAGAAAGCACAAAAAACGUAAAGGAAAAUUACCUAAAAAUUGUGAUCUUUCUGUCCCACCAGAUCCAGAGCGUUGGUUACCCAAAUAUGAAAGAACUGGAUACAGAAAGAAAAGGGAUAGGAGAUCAAAAGAAGUUAUAAAGGGAUCUCAAGGAACUGCUUCUGGACAAGCAGAACAAUAUGACUUCUCAAAGUUUGUUGAUGAUUCAUCAACUGACACUGCAAGUAAUUCUGUUGAUCCAAGUCCAAAACCACCAUCAAAAUCUACUCAACAUCAACAGAAGAAGAAUCAAAAGAAAAAAGGCAAAAGACGUUAAUAACAUUCAUUAUAAAAAUGUUGUUUUUAUAUUAGAAGAGAAAAGCGAAUACCAGUUCAAUUCGAAAAAAAUACAAUCCUUUGGAUAGUUAAAAAAAUAGGAAUCUAUUCUGUUUCUCAUAUUAUAUUUAUUUUUGAAUCACAUAUGGAAUCCAUAAAAUCUAUCAGGAGAAUUCUUUGUUCCUCGAAUGGAGAGUACAGCUUACUAUUGCUGGAUAAUUAUUGAGAAAUAUAAAUGCCAGUAUAAGUGAUUUUUUUAUAGUAUAUUAGUAUUAUACAUUUAAUUUUCAUUAUAGCGUUAUAAUUAAUAUUUAUUUCAAACUUUUUCUCUUGCUUUUCUUACAUUCAAAUUGUAGAUACACCAACAAUAGGAUUUUAUAGAUCGCUCGAUUUAUCUCAGGGUUUUUUCUGUUGUACGAGUUAUUGGUUUUCGCUAUUCUUUUCAUCGUAUUUGUAUAUUAAUAAACAUUAAAUAUAUUAAA